AUGAAGUUCGCUACCUUCUUGACAUUCCUCAGCUUCGGCGUCUCGGUUCUGGCAGCAUCUGCCGCCGAUUGGCGCUCGAAGUCUAUUUACCAAGUACUGACUGAUCGGUUCGCACGUCCCGAUGGAAGUACUACAGCCAAAUGCGACCCCGUCGGCAAAUACUGCGGAGGUACUUACCAAGGUAUCAUCAAGCAGCUUGACUACAUCCAGAACAUGGGGUUCACUGCCAUCUGGAUCUCUCCUGUCACAUUCCAGAUUCAGACCUGGACACCCUACGGCCAACCAUGGCACGGCUACUGGCAGCAGGAUCUGUACAAGCUCAACAGUGCCUUUGGCACUGCCGACGAUCUCAGGGCUUUGGCCAAAGCUCUGCACGACAGAGGCAUGUAUCUCAUGGUUGAUAUCGUCGUCAAUCACAACGGCUGGAAUGGCAACGAAACUUCGGUCGACUACAGUGUCUUCAAACCAUUCGACGACAUUGAGUAUUACCACAGCUUCUGCGAUGUCGACUACAGCAACAACACCAGCAUCCAAGACUGCUGGCUGGGCGACUCGAACGUAGAGCUUGUCGAUCUCCGUACAGAAGAUGCUGCUGUCGCACAGGAGUACCAGACAUGGAUCCAGCAACUAGUUGCCAACUACUCAAUUGAUGGCCUCCGUAUCGAUACUGUCAAGCAUGUCGACACCUCAUUCUGGCCUGGAUUCGGAGAGGCUGCCGGCGUCUUCAUCACUGGCGAGGUAACCAACGGUGAUCCAUAUGGUCUUUGCCCUUACCAAAACUACAUGGACAGCGUUUUGAAUUACGCAAUGUACUAUGCGGCUACGGACGCCUUCUCCUCGACUGCCGGAAGCAUGUCCAAGUUCGUGAAGCAACUUAACGGCAUGAAGAGUCAAUGUAAAGACACUAGCGUUCUGGGAUCGUUCUCAGAAAACCACGACCAAGCUCGCUUUGCGUCACUGACCAACGACAUGUCUCUGGCCAAGAACAUCAUCACCUACACGAUCAUGGGCGAUGGAAUUCCCAUCAUGUACGAAGGCCAGGAACAGCAUUACAGCGGCGCUCAAGAUCCUUACAACCGCGAAGCUGUCUGGUUGAGUGGUUACAACACAGGCGCACCUCUGUACACCCUUACGUCAAGCGCAAACCAAAUCCGCAACCACGCCCUCUACGUCGAUGGAGAUUGGCUUACCUACCAGAAUUGGGUCGUUUACAGCGACAACGCCAAUGUCGCCAUGCGUAAAGGCUACGAUGGCUACCAGACCAUCACCGUCCUGAACAACAAGGGAGCCAGCAGUGCAGACUACACACUUAGUGUUACCAACACUGGAUAUGACGCUGGCUUGAAGGUUGUGGACGUCCUGUCCUGUCAAGUCUUGACUGCAGGAUCAGCUGGGACUCUUGCAGUGCCCAUGUCACAGGGUCUGCCCAAAAUCUACUACCCACUCGGACUUCUGGAAUGCAGUGGCAUCUGCGGAUACUGA